UCAGAACUGGUUUGUCUGGAUUUGUUGUAGUUCAACAGAACUUUUUUUUUAAAUUAUAAGUAAGAGAGUGUAAAACAGGUUUAGCCGUUUUACAUAUUAGUGUUCUGUAUUUACCCGAAUGCUCCCUUACAAACAUUCACUUUGACUGUGACGACCUGAAGAGAUGAUCAUAUUCUCAACUGAAAAUGGAUCUUCUUAUGUUCAUCUUUGUGUCUGUCAUUUUAAAUAUAUCUGAUGGGUUCACUGUGAAAGGUCCUUCUGGUCCUCUGGUUGUUCCUCUGGAAGGUUCAGUGGUCUUGCCCUGUUUUGUUGACAAACCCUUAAUAACUGAAGGACUGGAGGUGGAAUGGAGAAGAUUAGACUCAGAGACUCUGGUUCAUCUGUAUCAAGAUGGUGAGAGUCGACCAGAGGCCCAGCAGCAGGAUUAUCAUGAUAGAGCUCAUUUCUUUACUGACCAGAUUCAACAUGGAAACUUCUCCCUCCUGUUGAACAAUGUGAAAGCUGAAGAUGAGGGAAAGUACAGAUGUAAAGUGUUCAGUGGGCAGGAUUCUGGUGAAACUAUGGUCGAAAUAAAACAUGUUGACCGUUUAAUAGUCUCAGGAUCAGAUCACUCCAUAUCUGCAUAUGCGGGUGAAGAUGUCACUCUGAGCUGCUCUGUGGACUCUCACAUCACACCUGAAGAGAUUGAAGAGGUUUCAUGGAAGAAAACAGAUAAAGAUGAAUAUAUUCUGGUCCUGCUCUACCAGAACAAUGAACCUAUACCCGAAUCAUCACAUGAGCAAUACAUAGACAGAGUUGAGUUCUUCACUGAUGAAAUCUCCAAAGGAAACUUCUCUCUCAGACUGAAGAGUGUCAGAACUGAAGACAAAGGAGUUUAUAUGUGUCAAGUGUUUGCUGGAGAAGUUUCAGCCAACACAACUGUAGUACUGGAACAACUGGGUUUCUCUGUUUUACACAUAAUGGUGUUGAUUCUCUGUAUAACUGCAUCUGGAUCUGCACUUCUUCUCUGUUGUCUGAUCUACUGCAGGACACAAGAAGGUACAUUUGCAUGGAGG